AUGGUCAAGCUGUUAAUCGGAUUGAAUGCCAGUCCAGAUGUUCCAGAUAGGCAUGGCCGAGCACCUCUUUUCUGGGCUGCAAUGAGAGGCCAUGAGGCAGUGGUGGACCUGUUACUGAAAAUAGAAGGGGUGGAUGUCAACUCUAGAGAUAUGGAUGGUCGAACGCCGCUGCACUGGGCGGUAUUGAAUGGACAUGAGGCAGUGGUAGCGCUUCUACUCCCAAGAAGAGGAGCGCGGGUUGAAAAAGAUCUAAGAGAUAAGCAUAACCAAUCGCCCCUCUUUAUCGCUCUGAAAAGUGGCGAUAAACGGAUUUCAGAACGCCUAUUGAGACGCUACCAGCCCGGAGUACGAUUUUAA